AUGGCUGAGGAGAACCAGACUCAGGUGACCGAGUUUGUGCUUCUAGGCUUUCCCCAGGAACGGCCCUUCCUCUUCCUCAUCUUCCUGGCCAUUUACCUGGUCACAGUGCUGGGCAACGCUGCAAUUCUUGCACUCAUCUUCCUGGAUCCCCGUCUCCACAGUCCCAUGUACUUCUUCCUCAGCCACCUCUCUUGCCUGGAUAUUUGCUAUUCAUCGGUGACAGUGCCCAAACUCCUGGCCAACACCGUGCACCUGCAGGCGACCAUCUCCUACCAGGGCUGCCUGGCUCAGAUGUUCUUCCUGAUGGCGUGUGCGGGGGCUGAGUGCGCGCUCCUGGCCGUCAUGGCCUACGACCGCUACGCAGCCAUCUGCCGGCCGCUGCACUACGCACGCGCCAUGCGCUGGGGCGUCUGCGUGGCGGCAGCCGCCGGCUGCUGGCUCUGGGGCCUGCUGGACUCGGCCGUGCACACCUUCCUCGCCUCCCGCCUCUCCUUCUGCGGCGCUGCCCGGCUCCGGCACAUCUUCUGCGACGUCCCUCCGCUGCUGCGGCUUGCCUGCAGCAACGUCCGCCCCAGCGAGGUGGCUCUGCACGCCGCCAGCAUCUUCGUGGGCCUCAGCCCCUUCCUCUUCGUUGUCGUCUCCUACCUCCGCAUCCUGGCUGCCGUGCUCAGGAUGCCCAUGGCGGGCAGCCGGCGCAAGGCCUUCUCCACGUGCGCCGCACACCUGCUCGUGGUCGUGCUGUACUUCGGCAUGGCCAACCUGAACUACAACCGCCCCAGCGCCGGCUACUCGCCAGCAGCAGACACGCUGGUCUCUGUGCUCUACUGCAUCAUCAUCCCCAUGCUGAACCCCCUCAUCUACAGCCUGCGCAACCAGGAGGUGCGGAGCGCCCUGAGGAAGGUGCUGCAGUGA